AUGGACUUUCUAACAUGGGUUUUAGUUAAUGGGCCUGUUGGCGCUGUUAACUUCAUGAUGAAUGCGUUUUUCAUCUUCUGCAUGGUGAAUCCUCUACAUGGAGAAAAGAUCAAGCAACCUCUGAAGUUUCUUCUGGCCCUUUUGGUCGGUAGCACAACCGUUUACCUAAUGUCGACUUUUGGUGUUUUCUUCUCUGAAGGGAAAAAUGAUAACAAGAUAUCUGUGGCCUCGUUUUUGAUCUCAGUGUGCUGUUUGUCCGUCAGCAUAUCGUCCUCUGUUUGGCUGAACUUCUUUUACUACACCCAGAUUGUUCCUGCACAGAGAGCCCUUUUCGUCUGGAUUAAGAAGAACAUCAAACCCGUCAUAUUCGGUGUUAUAAUUUUUGAAAACGUUUUUGGUUUGCUUGACUUCACUGUGGAACUUUUAAACGUAAGGCUUGAUCAGCUUGAAUUCAAUGAAACCUCCACAAACUACCAAAAUAUAAUUGAAAGAAAUCUUAUACAACAUCAAGAAGACGUCUAUAUUAUUUUGAUUUCUAUACAGAGGUUUCAUUUCUAUUCAUCUUUUUUUGUUAUGAUGAUGUCCAGUGGUGCCACUGUAGUCUACCUGUGCAGGCACAUGCAGCAUAUGGCUGCACAUGGACAAUCCUUAUCCUGUCCACGGUUAAGCAGUCAGGUGAGGGUCACCAUCACUGGCAUCAUCCAGGGGUUUCACUUUCUGUCUUUAACUGUUUGGCGAGAUUACAAUUUUGUUUCUCAACACUUUAGUGAUAAAACCAUAGAGCAAUAUAUUUUCACCACAGUAAUAAACUUUUACUUGUCUGCCACCGCAUUUUGGCUGGGGGCUGGUCAAGUUGUUUUCAGGCAGAGAGCUGCAGACGUGUGGACCAGAGCGGCUCAGUGGUGCAAUGAUCUCACAAUGCAACUACCACAAGGAGCAUGA